AUGCUUGCCCAUGUGAGAAACGUAUUCACCGCCUCCACCACUCCUUCUGCGCUCCUUGUUAUUGGCAAGUUUGGGGCCACAAUCCAUGUUCUUCAUCUCCUACCCGAAGACGGCACCAUCGAACGCUUCGGCCUCACAACCCCAUCUUCCACCACCACCUUCUGCCGCAGCGGAGCCACAGAGCAAGUGCGCGAGCAGAUCGGUGAGGUCACACUUCACAUAGGAGAUGGCGAGACUGCGUACAGCUUCCUCGACGACGUUGAGACACGAAUCCGUAAGCUGCGGAAUAUUUUCCCUGAGCUCGACCCCGGCACAGCUGCAGACAGGCAGUGUUGA